AUGCCGGCAGAUCAAGAAGUACCAGAAAGCACGCUGCCUUAUCCUCCCAUCCACACGGACAAAAAGUUUGUCGUACUUUCAGACUGGGAUGGGACCAUCACCAACUACGAUUCCAAUGAUUGGAUGACGGACAAUCUAGGCUUCGGAAAGGAGAAGAGGAGAGGUGGGAAUCUCGACGUGUUGGCCGGAAGGUCGACUUUCAGAGAUUCAUUUCGGGAGAUGCUGGAGAGCGUUUCAGCGAAUGGACAUACAUUCGAGGAAUGCAAGGAGCUAUUGAAGAAAAAUAUCAAAUUGGACCCAGGAUUCCGCCAAUUCUAUGAAUGGUGCAAAGCGCACGACAUCCCUGUCAUCAUUGUCUCAAGCGGAAUGGCACCCCUGAUACGUGCGGUACUCGCCAACCUCAUCGGGCAAGAAGCCGCCGAGGAAAUUGAGAUCAUCGCGAACGACGUCGUCAUUCACCCGUCGGGGAAGUGGAAUAUCCAAUACAGGCACCCUUCCAGCGGAUUCGGGCACGAUAAAUCUCAAGCCAUACUACCAUAUCGAGGUCUCCCGAAUCCACCGACACUCUUCUUCUUUGGCGAUGGUGUUUCAGACAUCUCGGCAGCGAAAUACGCCGACGUCCUCUUCGUCAAGACAAAAGCGGACGGGGAGAACGAUUUAGCGGCCUAUUGCCAACGUGAAGGAAUCAGACAUGUUCUGUUCUCUGAUUUCGGAGACGCGUUGCCGGUGGUUGGGAGUGUGGUUAGUGGAGAGAUGAGUGUUGAAGAUGUUGUUGGUGGUGCGAAAAGGGAGUAGAGGAUAGAAUAGAACUUGAACAUAAAUUCGGCGCCGGCGCACAUGAGGACUUCAACUAGAAAAACCUACAAUAGAGAAUAAAUGUACAACGUCGUACUAGAACAUAGACAAUCAUAC